AUGGAAGCGAAAGAAGACAAACUGGCCGUCCCGGAAAUCAACGAUUUCCCCAAUGAGAUUUUGGCGGAAAUUUUUCAGAAUUUGCACAUCCGUGACCGUCUCUGGUUGUCCAUCGUUUGUCGCCGCUGGAACCAGGUGGUGAUUACGUUCGGCGAUCGGAUCAAGCUAUACCUGUGUUCUGCUACGGACUAUUCCGUUCCGAUUGGAGGGCUUUCGGGCCGUAGCUACCGAAAUGUAAAAGUAUUCUGGACCGAGGACAGUUCCGACUGGAUGGACGCGGUCGCGAACUUUGCGCCAUCGCUAUUUUCGCUGGAGCUGUACAUAAAGGCGCAUAUAUACGACAAUCUGACCAGAUGGAUUCCUCCUCCCAAUCUGAUGAACGACGUCGGCUUGUGUCGGCUGCCCAAACUUCGGGCAGUAUCGAUUUGUUCCUACGUUCCGUUUUCUACUCCGGAUGAGGAAUACUCGGUGCCGGAUUCCUUCGUCAGGAAUCUUACUGUUGAGGUGUUUGCAAUCCUCUCCAGCAUCUUGAAAUUUCAGGACCUGUUUCCACGUCUAACGCAGUUGAACGUUCGCCAAGUUGUAAUUGAUCCCGAUGAAUUGCAGCGAAUCGUCAGCGCUUGGCCGACAUUGGAAGUCCUCGUGCUCGGCCCAAACACCUCACUGCUCGAUUCAAAUGCUUUGGAGGUGCUACACCAGCUGUCCAAGCUGCGUAAACUCGAACUGAAAACCCAGGUUUGUUACACGGACAAACACAUGGAAAUUGAACAUCUGCAGGUCGACUUUUCCAAGCUCAGCACACUUUUCCGGAUUCCAACGCUUACGGAGCUUCGACUUGUCCACGGAAGAAGGGAUACUAUCUGGUGGUCCGGGCAGAUUCCAAUUAUCGCGCCGUCCUGCCGACUGUUCAUCAACAACGUGUACAUGCCCCGAACGUCGCCGGCGUCGUUGGCCAGCUUCGUGAAUAAGCUUCCCCGUUAUCCAUGGAAACUUCCGGUAUAGAAAAUUACUGGCCUUUUAACAUGUAUUCACCUGUAUUACAAUAUAUAAAUAUAACCUAAUGUAACCAGUUAGAACAACCGUUGCAAUGUAUGGAGAAGAAGG